CUCGCGGUAUUUACGUCCUGACGUCUUGCUGUUUUUACGUCCUGACGUCUCGCUAUCUUUACGUCGUGACGUCUCGCUGUAUUUACUUCCUUACGUCUCGCUGUAUUUACGUCCUGACGUCUCGCGGUAUUUACGUCCUGACGUCUCGCGGUGUUUACGUCCUGACGGAGCGCGGCUGUUGCUGUUCAGCAGCCCCUCGCUUCGCCAACUCACAAACAUACAUGCAGCAUCAGUGCUGUGUCAUGUUCAUAUGUGGAAACUAAAGUAGGAUAGAAAAAAGUCCCGCACAAUUAAGGAAGCAGCGAUGCCUUAAGGAAAGGAGCCACGGCCGAGUCUCCUCCAGCCGGGGCAGGAGAGAGCUUUCAUCAGAAAUGGCAACCGAACUCCACGAAGCGAUUUUCAUGGCCAAACAGGAGCGCCACAAAAACUUGUUCCUGAACUACAGAAACCUGAAUAAUUUCCCCGUGGAGCUGCUGAAGGAUGAAGGCCUGCAGUUUCUGGAGCGACUGUACAUGAAGAGGAACUCGCUCAGGACGCUGCCCGACAAUCUUGCUCAAAAGCUCCCAAAUCUAAUUGAACUGUAUUUGCACUCAAACAACAUAAUGAUCAUUCCUGAAGCUAUUGGAAACCUGGCCAGACUGCAGUCAUUGGACCUGAGCAACAACGCCCUCCAGUUCCUCUGUCCAGAGAUCGGCCGACUGAGGUCUCUGCGGCACCUCAGACUGUCCAAUAAUCAUCUGAAAUGCCUUCCUCCAGAGAUCGGCGAUCUGCAGGACCUGCAGACCCUGGACGUGUCGAUGAACCAGCUGAUCGGCCUCCCGGAACGGCUGCACCGCUGCGCUUCGCUGCAGACUCUGACAGCCGACCACAACCGGCUGGCCCAUGUUCCCCGGCAGCUCUGCUGGCUGCACCGCCUCAACCAGCUCUCCAUGGCCGCCAACCGGCUGACCUUUCUACCGCUCGAUCUGGGCCGAUCACGAGAGCUGCAGUUUGUGUUUGUGGACAACAACGUGGACCUCCGAGGCCUCCCCUCCUACUUGUACAACAAGGUCAUCGGCUGCAGCGGGUGCGGCGUGUCAGCCCCCGGGUCGGGCGGCGACGUCGGGGGGUCGGCGGGCGAUGCGCUGAGCGAGGCUCUGGUCGGGCUGCCAGCCGAGGUGAAGGUGGUGGGCUCGGAGGCGGACAGCGUGGUGCCCCUGGAGGAGAUCGCCAUGAGAGCCCUGCACCGCCUCGACCACCGCCGGCCCAAAGACGUUAAUUUACCGCCUCCCAUCGCCCUCCCCCAGAGCCUGCUGCACCUGCUGCACUUCCCCCUGGGACACUGUCACCGCUGCAGCCAAACCAUGUUCACCAUCAUCUACCCCAAACUCUUCCCCCUCCGUGACACGGCACUGGCAGGCGUGCACCGCAGGACAACGGUGAGUUUCGUGGCCUACUGCUGCUCCAGUCGCUGCCUCCGGACCUUUGACCUCCAGGGAUGACGGCGUUUCCUUUCCUCGGCCCACUUUUGCCGAGGAGCCGCCCGAACGCUGUCAGGAAGCCGGCGGGUGACGGCUUGCGGUCUCGAGGGACGAGGAGCUUCGUACGAGGAGGAAACUGUGAGAAGACGUGCGGUCGGAGACGGCCGUCCGGUGGCGUGUUCAAGUUCGAGCCUCUAACCCACGUGAUGUUCCCGAAUCCAACCAACUGGGAGGACAGUAGUUGUGUGUGUGUGUGUGUGUGUGUGUGUGUGUUCUACAUAAUAACUACCGUGUGUGAACAGUAAACUCUCAGUAUCUGACCUGAACUCACUGCUAACAACACGGCUCUUUGUAAGAACAAUGCGGUUCCAUUUUGACCAAUUCCGUCUUUUUUCACAGCAAGGUUUGUUGCAGCAGAUGUUGACGUUGAUUGUGAAGUCAUAUUUGUAUGUAUUUGCUUCACUUGUGUCAUUCCAGCAGCAGGGGACUUGUUUAGGAAAUGAUUAUUCAUUUGUUCGUAGUAAAAGGACCCACUGUUCCGUCUCACAUAUUUGUUGAAAAGGUUUACGGUGUCAGUCUCACUCGCUUUUUAUCUUUAGAUAAACCUAAAUGUGUCAGAAUGAACACAAAGCCAAAGCAGUGCAGCGGGUUUAACGUCUGCAGGUCCGUGUAGCUCGAGGUCAGAGAUGCUGCUCAUCAGAAGCACCUCGUGCUUCUCACCUUCAACUGAUGCUGGCGUGUUAACGUUCCUUGUGUUGGACAGUUCUAAUUUAUCAUUUCUCUCUGAUUGUGUUACGUUUGGCAGUAAACGUUGACGGAUUUAAACAAC